CUUUGGGUAAUUUAAUUGUUAUUAUACAUUUUUAUAGUUCCACCCUUUAUUAUAACAAUAUUAUUACUUCAGAUCUUAUAAUUGGCGCCAACUAAAUACAUUUAUUUUAUUCAUUUUAUUUAUGAAAGCAACCCGAUUCACACAUUUGUAAAAUACUUCAGUGCUAUUGCAACGAACUCCUGAAAUGCAACUGGAUUUUGCAUUGUGAGGCGGCCUUUGCCAAUAAUAUGAAAUAGGAAUAUAUAUAUAUUUAUUCUUGAGUGUUUACUUGUAAAAAUGGUCACAUAUGCAAAUAUUAGCAAGUUGAUUUAUUAAAAUGAACUAGAAAAAUAUUUAAUCUAAUUGUUACAAUGGAUUUUUAUUAUAAAAUAUAAUAUAGAACAGCAUGAUGGACAUUUCAGCAAUAUGGAACCAAGUUUUAUUAAACGCCUGUGGGGUCCGAUUUCAACAAAACGUCCCAGGCAUAAUUAUUUCCCAAGAGUCUCUACCACUUAUCCCAGUAUCACACAAUGCUUUACUUUAUCAGACCCAUAAUGUUAAAAUAGAAGAUAAUGAAAGUGAAAGUGGUAGUGAAAUUGAAGAUGACAACCAAAGAGACAUCAACGAUAACUGUGAAACAUUCGACAAGACUGAAAUCAUCGAAACCCUUAAAGAAGACUCCCUAAACAAGGACACAGAACAGGAUACUGAAGAGUUUAAUGAAACAAUUAGUAAAUUAGAGACUGACAAAACAAAAAUAAAGGGAAGAAGUAAAAAGAUUAAUAGAACCAGAUUUUCAAGGGAGGAAUACGUUUGCCCACAAUGCCCAUACAGAUGCACAACAGAAAAUGCUUUUAUCAAACACCUAAGAUUCUGCGACUCGUCCGACAAGAAACCAUUCAGCUGUCCAGUCUGUGGCAAAGACAGAAAAUCGGAGCAGUCCCUGCAAAUCCAUCUUAUGAAGCACAAGUUGGGGAAGCAGUUCUGUUGUGAUCUAUGUAAAUUUAAGAGCGUCCAAUUAAAAAAGAUAAUUCAGCACAGACGUAUGCAUACAGGAGAGAAGCCACAUCUGUGCCCCCACUGCACCUACAGGUCAUCAAGGAGAGACAACUUAAGGUCCCACGUUCGUAGAGUUCACAAAGAAGAAGACUUAAUUGCGGACACGUUUUCGCCUAGCAGUAUGGUUAAAUCUCCCAGGAGAUAUAAUUCAAACGCCAAUAUGAUUCAACCUGAUGUUGUGCCAAGCAAAAAGUUAAUAUGAAUUCGCCUUCCAGGUUUUUUUGGGUCAAAUUUAUUUGUCAUACAAAUUUAAUUGAUGCAAUUAUUUUAUUUAUAACUUACAAGUACAUCAUCAAGAGUAUUUUGGAUUAUUAUCCUACAUUUUUGACAUUAAUGGAAUAAUUUCAAUAACAGGAAUAUUAAAAUUGUUUGUGUUA